UUCGCCGACCGCAACCGACUACACCAGAUACACGACAGCAGUGGACUCGCGCCAAUAAUCACGCAACCGUCACGGCUUUUUAUCGGCGAGAAAAUAAUUUAUUUUUUUUAAUUAAGUUUUUCUUACGGAAUUUCCCGUAUUUUCUUGACCUUCAGAUCCGUUUCUUUUGCCCCCCUCCCCUCAGACACGACAUACAGACAUUUAYUCCGGCCAGGACACUGUCCUUCUGCAUCCAGUGAAGUGGUCGCGUUAACAACAACAACAACAACAACAACAACAACAACAAUCUCAGUCGUAUUUUUAUUACACAGUUUGACACUCUUUUCCUACGCUAAUAUCAUAAUCCAUCGUCAUGUGCGCUAAAAAUAUAUUACACGCCAUACAACCAAAACGCGCCAUGGUUCUUCGAGUCUGAUGUUAGUCAUCGCAGUUGAGGUUCACGAAUGGUGCACGUGGACAACCUGUGAAUGGCCUCUGGGUGUAGCUUGGUGCAACGUGUACGUCACGUGCGACGUGCUUGCGUGCAGUUCCAGCAUUAUGCACAUGUGUUGCAUAUCACUGGGAAGAUACCUGGGCAUAAGACAUCCACUUAGGACCAGACAUCACUAUUCCACCAUGAAAUUGGUGUGUUUUAAAAUCGCAGUUGUCUGGUUUCUGUCAUUUUUGGUAUCAUUUUCAGUCACACUUCUCGGUUUAUCUAAUGCUAAGAACAUUAUGCCGGAUCCAGGGGUUUGCGUAAUCAACAAUCGAGCUUUUUUCGUCUUUGGUUCACUGGUCGCGUUUUACAUACCGAUGAUCAUUAUGGUGGUCACGUAUGCCCUAACUGUACAGUUGUUGCGAAAAAAAGCCAGAUUUCUGCUGGACGAUAGUUUCGUGGAUGGUCGGAGGAAUGGGUCAUCGGCAGAACCACAUCUGUUCAGACGUUUGGGUGGUCGGUUUUCAGCCAACAAAAACCAGAACAAUCUGACCGGGCGGUUACAGCCGGGAAAUAACAACAAAAAACAGUGUGAUCAACAAACGCAGAUAUCGGACGCGGUGUCAGCUGGCGCCAGUGACUCGAGGAAUUUCMGGUUGAAGACGCUCAGACUUCAAUUGAACAUGAACCCGUCUACACUGAACUUGAGAUUUCUUGCUAACAGACAGAAGCGCCAGAGCCUGGCAGCCGCCAACGCCGUCAGAACUGAACAAAAGGCCAGCAAAGUGUUGGGAGUCGUGUUUUUCACGUUUGUGUUAUGCUGGUCACCAUUCUUCUUGUUGAACAUUGURUUCGCUGUCUGUCCAAAGGAAAACUGCCCGGUACCAGACCACGUGACCGAGGUUUGCCUCUGGUUGGGAUACGUGUCUUCGACAAUAAACCCGAUUAUCUAUACGAUAUUCAACAAGACCUUUAGAGCCGCAUUUAUCAGGUUGCUCAAAUGCCGAUGUCACAAGACCAGACCUCACCGGUACAGAUCGGUGACCGACAACCGACAUUCUGCGCUGAUAAGCACUCCGUCCGGUGCGGCUGCCGGAGCUGCCAAUGUUCCGUUGUCCUUGUCGCUCCAGACCACGCCACUGAUCACAUCGCCGCCAGUAAAUAAUGCCAACACUACGACUUUCGCCGAUACCGCCGUUGCCGCUAUGGCUGCCGCCGCUGCGUCUAAGAAAACGACAUCCACGCCCGAGUACCCAGACUCAUUUCUCGUCCAAGAAUGCACGAAGGACACGGCCAAAUACUGAACCCGAGCGGGUUGUAGCAGUUCCCGCUCAGACGAUUUUGUCUUGAAACUUGAAAAUAUACGAGUACCUAUAUGUUGUUAUUAUCAUUAUAUUUAUGUUGUCGUAAUAUAACGGUUAUAGGUAACAUUAGAUCUCAUAAUUUAUUGUCAUGUCUGAUGGAACCUAGUUGUUUCGUAUAUUAGACGUAUUACCUAAUAUGUUAACUACAAUACUACAUAUUAUAAAGGGCGUGUUGUAGAAGGAAACCAUUAGGUAUUGUAAUAUUAACUUUGCUAUAAUAUUAUGUAAAAWUUUUUGUUGCAAUCAAAAUUUCGAUAAUUAUAUUUAUAAUAUUAUACUAAAAAAAAAAAAAUGUAAUUCUCGUUAUGGUGAUUAUAACAGAUAUUAUUACAUAGUUGGUUAAUAUUACAUUUUCCAAAUAAUUCAACCCUCCAGAUUUACGUGUGUGUACUGCAGAAUGCUCCGGUUUCCCUACCGCCGAUGUCUCCAUCUGAAAUCGUGGGAAUAUGUAAAACCAGAGUUAUUAUAUAUUAUUAUUAUCAUAUUAAUAGACAUAUCACAAUAAUAUGUGUCCACUCUUUAUUUUCUAUUUUCCUCCUCCCCUCUUUCGCUCGCUCUCUGUCUACACUCUUGCCCUCCCGAAGGAAUCUAUACAAGCGCUAGUAUUUAUAAGUUUUCGGAGUAAAUCAUAAAUUGGGGGUUCAGUGGCGUGCAGGAAAUAAAAACAUCCAUUGACGAUGGAGAGGGCCGAUCAAUCUUUAUGAAUAACCAUCCUUAUGAAAAACGCACACGCACAGGAGACUGGGAAGUAAUAUUAUAUAACUUAUCACACCUCUCGGUAGAUGAAAAAAAUAAUAAUAAGGGUACACUACAGUUUUUGGCAGUUAAACUGAUGAAAACCGGGCCUAAAUACCCAAAAAUAGGAUAUUGGUAUAACGAGUUUCGUAGAAUAAGUGAGAGAAAUAAGAGCUUGACGAAUUCUUUGCAUAAAUAACUAUUAUAUUAUUAUUAUUAUUAUGACUUACACGUCGAAAAUAUUAUAUCAGUGUUUUUUUCAUUUUUAAUUUCGUUAUUAUUUAAAAUCUAUAAAAAGUUUAAGUAGUAAAUAAUAUUAUAGGUUCGCGUUAAGAAUAUCAAUGCACAAUUUUUGAGUAUAGGUACCAAAACAUUAAGAUGUUAAUAAUAUUCUUGCUAUCGUAGUAUCKUAUAUUUUUAAUAAACAAGUAGUAGUUAAUUUAUUGUUAUAGUAUCAACACCGAUGUUUGACUAACUGAUUUACUGAUUUGUAUAAUUCAUAAUUAUUUAUAGAUAGCUAACAUU